UUAAUCCUAUUGUUUAUUACACAUUUUUAAAGCGCUCAACACCCAUUACCUUUGUCAUGACAUUCUCUUUUUUUUAAACGACACCGUAUAUAGAAAAACAACCCGUCUUACCUACUGCACGUUCCGUUGUGUGUAUUUAUGACGCGUUCCAACAGGAAGUGAGUGGAGGCUGCUCUCAGCCAAUCAGAUUCGCGAAUGACGCUUCGACAACAAACAAAAGAUCGAGGCUAGCGCGAGCUCAUCAUACUCACCCGCUAACGUCAAGUCUGGCGGUCGCCAUGUCCGGGCAGUCCUCGGGCUGCGGGUUCCUGAUGUCGGUCGUCGUCCACGGAGACUCCGCUCUGAACGAGCAGGAGAAGGAGCUCAACCAGCGGCUGCGGCGGCUCUACCCGGCCGUCAACGAGCGAGAGACCCCGCUUCCGCGCUCCUGGAGCCCGAAGGACAAGUUCAGCUACAUCGGGUUGUCCCAGAACAACCUCCGCGUGCACUAUAAAGGUCACGGCAAAACCCCGAAAGAUGCCGCGUCGGUACGGGCCACCCACCCCAUCCCGGCGGCCUGCGGCGUCUACUACUUCGAGGUGAAGAUCAUCAGCAAAGGCCGAGAUGGGUACAUGGGCAUCGGCCUCUCGGCUCAGGGCGUGAACAUGAACAGACUCCCCGGUUGGGACAAGCACUCGUACGGUUACCACGGAGACGACGGGCACUCCUUCUGCUCGUCCGGCACCGGGCAGCCCUACGGACCCACGUUCACGACCGGCGACGUCAUCGGCUGCUGCGUGAACCUCAUCAACAACACCUGCUUCUACACAAAGAACGGCCACAGCCUCGGCAUCGCCUUCACAGACCUUCCCCCCAACUUGUACCCGACCGUGGGCCUUCAGACUCCAGGGGAGGUGGUGGACGCGAACUUCGGCCAGCACCCCUUCGUGUUCGACAUCGAGGACUACAUGCGCGAGUGGAGGACAAAGAUCCAGGCCCAGAUCGACCGCUUCCCCAUCGGAGAGCGCGAGGGCGAGUGGCAGUCCAUGAUCCAGAAGAUGGUGGCUUCCUACCUGGUGCACCACAGCUACUGUGCCACGGCGGAAGCCUUCGCCAAAUCCACAGACCAGGCCGUGCACGAGGAGCUGGCCUCCAUCAAAAACCGACAGAAAAUCCAGAAGCUGGUGCUGUCCGGUAGAAUGGGCGAGGCCAUCGAGACCACCCAGCAGCUCUACCCCAACCUCCUGGAGAGGAACCCGGACCUUCUCUUCAUGCUCAAGGUGAGACAGUUCAUCGAGAUGGUGAACGGCACCGACAGUGAGGUGAGGUGUCUGGGGGGCCGCAGCCCGAAGUCUCAGGACAGUUACCCCGGCUCCCCCCGGCCCUUCAGCAGCCCCAGCCACAAAGCCAGCAGCUCCCAGCCUUACCUCCCAGGGUUCGACACCAACUGCUGUAACGGCGUGACGUCUAAUAAGAGCCACAGCUCCUCCCCUCACAGUCACAAGCCCUGCCCCCCCAGCGCUGGCUCCACCCUGCCGGCGUCUGACGUCGGCCUCAACGGGAGCCACGGCCAGCCGCCCGUAACCAGUAGCGACGUGGACAUGGAGGUCGACCACUUCACCAACGGAGUGACCGAAUUGUCCUCCAACGGUUUCCUCAACGGCAGCUCCAAACACGCCGCCGAGCCCGACGACUGUGACGCGGACAUGGAGGUGGAGUCGACUCAGUCCAAGAGGCAGCUGUGCGGCGGCAGCCAGGCGGCCAUCGAGAGGAUGAUCCACUUCGGCAGGGAGCUCCAGAGCAUGAGCGAACACCUCCGCCGCGAGUGUGGCAAGAACUCCGCCAACAAGAAGAUGCUGAAGGAUGCCUUCAGCCUGCUGGCCUACUCGGACCCCUGGAGCAGCCCGGUCGGCUACCAGCUGGACGCCAUUCAGAGGGAGCCCGUGUGCUCCACUCUCAACAGUGCAAUAUUAGAGACUCACAACCUGCCCAAGCAGCCCCCCCUGGCCCAGGCCAUGGGUCAGGCCGCCCAGUGCCUCACCAUCAUGGCACGGACUGGCAGCGGCUCCUGCGCCUUCGCCUCUGUGGACGAUUACCUGCACUAGCCCUGCGUAUACACACACACACACACACACACACACACACACACUCUCUCACUCUGAGGGCCUGUCUAGAAAUGUCUCCUUCCACUUCCUCCAUCAGUGUCGACGUUAACCACCUGACUCCCCUCGCCGCCGAGGAUCAGGACUCCUUUCUGGGCAGAUCUUUAGAUCGCUUACACACACACACACCACAAGCAUAGCAAUUCAGACACACACCAACUGUCUUUCCAUCUUAAAUAUGAAAAUCCGAUCCACACACCCCCCUCCCCCUCCAGCCGUGCGAGGCUGGCGUCUGCAUCAUUAUGACCGACAGCGGGGACGGCAACUUGGAAAAUACUCAAACUGGUGUUAAGAUGCCGCAGAUACCCCCCCUCCCCCUCCCGUAUAUACCAGGGGGGGGGGGGGGCACCGUACAGGGGUGGGACAGACUUCCCAAAAAACAACUGGUUAAAUGGAAAAAUAGGACGAAGACGACGGACGAUUGACCGUCACGGCCGACCCUUUGACCCGGUCCCCGUAAACCAACUCGCUGAGAUCCCCCCCCCUCCCCCCCCACUUCAGGACUUUGGCAGAGAUCCGCGUGACUCUCGCGGACUCUGGACUUUGAAGAAGCCGGAGAGAAUCUGCAUUACUCAACUCCACGUUUCCCCGUUUUUAAAACCUUUUGUUUUUAGUGGUUUCCCGCGGCGCGGUGGAGGCGUGGUUACCUGGCUCGUGUGUUUUUUUUUUUUUUUUUUUAGUUUCUCCAGUUUACAAAGUAUGGUGCAGACGAUGAUUCUUCUUAUUAUUCUAAUUAUCAUAUUAAUUAUUGUUACUUGCAUUCACAGUAUAUUUGUUGAGCGCCAGCAAGAGCAAGUUCCACUCAUUAUUAUUAUAAUAAUAAAGGUCACGAUCCCACCGAU